AUGCAGAGAAAGAACCUCACGGAAGUGACAGAAUUCAUCUUCUUGGGAUUCUCURGCUUCGGAAAACAUCAAACCACCCUCUUUGUGGUCUUCCUAACCGUCUACAUUUUCACYCUGGCUGGAAACAUCAUCAUUGUGACCAUCACCUGUGUUGACCGUCACCUCCACACUCCCAUGUACUUCUUCCUGAGCACGCUGGCSAGUUCAGAGACGGUGUACACACUGGUCAUUGUCCCGCGAAUGCUUUCCAGUCUGGUGUUUUAUAACCAGCCCAUCUCCUUACCAGGUUGUGCGACUCAAAUGUUCUUUUUCGUCACCUUGGCCAUUAAUAAUUGCUUCCUUCUCACAGCGAUGGGCUACGACCGCUACGUGGCCAUCUGUGCGCCCCUGAGGUACACGGUCAUCAUGUGCAAAAGAAUGUGCGCCGGUUUGGUAUGUGGGUCCUUUGGCACUGGCCUGAUGAUGGCGACUCUCCAGGUGACAGCCAUGUUUAAUCUGCCCUUCUGUGGCACAGUGGUGGACCAUUUCUUCUGUGACAUUCACCCAGUCAUGAAACUUUCUUGCGUGGAUACCACUAUCAACGAGAUCAUUAAUUAUGGCGUGAGUUCAUUUGUGAUUCUUGUGCCCAUAGGCCUCAUAACCAUCUCCUAUAUCCUGAUCAUCUAUUCCAUUCUUAAAAUCGCCACUGCUGAAGGUCGGAAGAAGGCCUUCGCCACCUGCGCCUCCCACCUGACSGUGGUCAUYGUCCAYUACGGCUGUGCCUCCAUCGCCUACCUCAAGCCCAAGUCGGAGAGUUCUGUAGAGAAAGACCUUCUUCUCUCUGUGACCUAUACCAUMAUCACUCCCCUGCUGAACCCUGUUGUGUACAGUCUGAGGAACAAGGAGGUCAAGGAUGCCCUGCGCAGAGCUGUGGGCAGAAGCGUUUCUUAA